AUGAUUUCGCGAACAAUUCUUUUGAUUCGAACGUACGUAUCGAAACCGUCAUCAAUUCUCCGACAGGUUCACACUGGUAGACCAGUGUAUCAGUCAAGUAAUCGACCAUUUACCCUAACAAAACGAAAUAAAAAAGAUAAAAUUGAUACUGGUGCUCUCUUUUUACUCAUUAUCCCUGUGAGUACAUUCGCAUUGGGCUGUUGGCAAGUAAGUCGUCGCAAGUGGAAGAUCAACUUAAUCGAAACGUUAAAAACUCGUCUACAAGCUGAACCAAUAUCUUUAUUAGAAAAUUUAGAUCGUCUGCCUGAAUUAGAGUAUUAUCCAGUUCGUGUUCGUGGUAAAUUUGAUCAUUCAAGAGAGAUCCUUAUUGAACCUCGUUCGCGUCUUGAUAUUUCUGCCUCUGAAAGUCGAACUGGUUCACGUCAAGCACCUGUUGCGCAAACCCACGGUGCACAUGUGGUUACACCAUUUCGAGUAGCCAACCGAAAUUAUGAUAUUCUUGUCAAUCGCGGUUUUGUUCCAUUUGAUCUUCGAGAUCCAUCAACACGAGCUGCUGGCCAGAUCCAAGAGGAGCACGAAAUUAUCGGAUUAGUUCGAUCGACAGAUUAUUUGAAUGCUAUGUGGAAUAAAAAUGAACCAUCGAAAAACAUCUGGCGUACACGUGAUGUAGCAGAAAUGUCUGCUGCCAUGCGAACCGCUCCAAUUUUCAUUGACGAAAUGAAAAGUACGUCUGUUCCGGGCGGUCCUAUCGGUGGUCAAACGAAUAUUCAACUACGUAAUGAACACCUUUCAUACAUUGCUACCUGGUUCUCUUUAUCGGCGUUAACGAGUUUUAUGUGGCUACAGAAAUAUGUUUUAUAA